GAAAACGCAGAAUUUGCCUCUGCUGAAACAGCCAGUGCCGCUACCACGAGUCCUAAAUCCAUACACUUGUAAUCUUCUUCAGGCUACGGAUUUUGAAAUGUAUCGACGAGUGGCAUCAACAGUGCCAUCCGGAUCUAGAACGACAAAGAGACAGCAGAUGAGAUUUUGAACAUUGUGUCCUGUCCUCAUUCGAAAUCUGGAAGGACACUGACAAAGACUAACAGACAAUAUAUAGUUAGGAUUUGGUCGAGUGUUUGAAAGCAAAGCAAUCGAUCCCAUAUGAAUCUGUCAAACCCUCUUGGUAGCCAUGCCAUGUGAUGCAUGAUUAGGGAGGGUAGGGUGAAGAAGGCUUAUGUUGGCGCAAUUUAAGCAUCAGUCAAUUAAGUACAGUCCAAUUGACUUAAUAUUUCUCAAUGAUGCAGUGUGGUUUUGUAGUAAAAUCAUAAUUACACCCUGGCUGUAUGAUGGGGCUGGAAGGGGGCCCUGCCCUCAUCAUCCCCUUGGCCUUGUGCAAGAUCGAUCAUUAAUUGGUUUGUGUCUGAUCUGCUGAUCCCAUCUUGCCUUGCCUUUCGUUUCUCCCUCCAAUUUUGGUUUGUUUACCACAGGGACCAUUUCCAGCUAGCUACCUCGGCCUCUGGCUCAUCAGCUCAGUGCUGUUUCCAUUUCAAAUUUCUAUUGGGCAAGACAGAUUCUUGGACUUGACUACGACACUGUAUCAAGAAAAGACUGCUGUGAGUUCUGCAAGCACCUACAGGGGAAUUGGAGGAAACGUUUUGCCAGUGCUUUUGGUACAAUUUUUGAAUGUCAAGGACAUAGCUGGAUGUUAGAAUCAAGAAUACAGGAUUUUAUCUUCAUGAUGCAGACAUAAAAAAAAAAAGAAAGAAAGAAAAAAUACAGUGACAUUGACCAUGGAUCUCUCGAUGACUUUGACCUGUACCCAGGAUUUCUAUACUGCUAAGGACAUAUCAUAGAGCAUCAUCGUGUCUAAUUCUUCAGUUAGGUGAUAAUUUUGAAGCUCAGGAACCGAAAUAUAACAUUCUUACAAUCUCAGAUUCUUCAUAUUUCUGUUUCAAAAGAAGGCCAACUAAGAGGGAGGAUUAGGCAAAAAAAGAAGAAUGAUUACAAAUUGAAAGGCUCCAUAAAGCAAAACAAAAUAUAUGCAAAAAGGACCUUACUUUUACAGACACAGCAACAACGCAUGUCAUGAGUGUACUACUGCUCACCAAAGUAGAGCACAAGAGAAUGAUAUCAUAGCACCAUGCCAUAAAUAUCUCUAACCCCAUGCUUUGAAUAUACAUACAUACAUAUAAAUUAUAAUUGCACCCUCUAGAUAAGGUGAAAGCUAACCAUUGCACGCAUUGCCAUUCUUGGAUCCACAAAAACAUAAAGAUCCCAUCUUUCGAAUGUAGGUAGGUAUUCCUAGUACUAAUUUAAGUGCUGAGAUCGAUUAUCUAUCUGUCUAGACACCAGAAAAUAUCCCAUUUCCAGUCUCUCAAGACUGCAAAAUUUCUCUCUCCUCUAAAUGGGUGCAAAGUGCUCCAAGUUUAGCUUCUGCUGGUGGCAUUCUCAUCACCUCAAGCCUACAGCUCUUCAAUCCUCCGAUUUGGAGAAUGAGGAGAAAGAAAGUUUUCCAGGCUUCAAAGAGUUUAGGUGGGAGGAGCUGAAAGCUGCAACAAAUGGGUUCUGUUCGGACAACAUUGUCUCCGAGCAUGGAGAGAAAGCUCCUAAUGUUGUCUACAAAGGGUUUCUUGAGAAUGAAGGCUGGAUUGCUGUUAAGCGCUUCAACAAAUUUGCCUGGCCUGAUUCUCGCCAGUUUAUAGAUGAGGCUAAAGUUGUGGGGAGUCUAAGAAGUGAUCGGUUGGCGAAUCUGAUCGGUUGUUGCUUCGAGGGGGAGGAGCGGCUGCUCGUGGCAGAGUUCAUGCCGCAUGAGACUCUGGCCAAACAUUUAUUUCAUUGUGAGCCAUCAUUUCUAACUCGACGAUCAUGCAUGUUUUUUAUAACUUGUGUUUUGAUGUAUAUGCACGGCGGUGGUUGGAUAAUCGACACAGGGGAGAAUCAACCGAUGAAAUGGGCGAUGAGGCUGAGGGUGGCCUUGUACUUGGCUCAAGCUCUCGACUACUGCAGCAGCCGAGGCCGGGCAUUGUAUCACGACCUUAAUGCUUACAGAGUCUUGUUUGACAUGGAUUGCAACCCGAGGCUGUCCUGCUUUGGCCUCAUGAAGAAUAGCAGAGAUGGCAAAAGUUACAGCACAAAUCUAGCUUUCACUCCUCCAGAGUACUUGAGAACAGGGAGAGUAACUCCAGAAAGUGUAGUUUACAGCUUUGGAACGAUGCUGCUCGACCUUUUAAGUGGCAAGCAUAUACCUCCAAGCCAUGCGCUCGAUCUCAUCCGUGGAGAGAAUUUUCUGAUAUUGAUGGACUCCUGCUUGGAGAGUCAUUUUUCGAAUGAUGCCGGAACUGAAUUGGUGAAGCUGGCCACCCGGUGUUUGCAGUACGAGGGGCGAGAGAGGCCUAAUUUUAAGUCUCUGGUCACUUCUCUCAGGUCUCUUCAGAAAGAAACUGAGGUUUCUUCUCAUGUUUUGUUGGGAGUUGCCAAAGCAAAUACCAAUAGUAGCCAGCCAUUGCUGCUGACACCCAUGGGAGAAGCCUGCUUAAGAAUGGACCUCACUGCCAUUCAUGAAAUAUUGGAUAAGGCUGGGUACAAAGAUGAUGAAGGAAUUGCUAAUGAGAUGUGGACAAAUCAAAUGCAGGAGACCUUGAAUCUAAAGAAGCAAGGGGAUGGGGCGUUCCGGGAAAAGGAUUUCACAACGGCCAUUGAUUGCUACACACAGUUUAUUGAUGGAGGGACGAUGGUGUCGCCUACAGUGUAUGCUCGGCGGUGUCUAUGUUAUUUGAUGAGUGAGAUGCCUAAUCAAGCUCUAGGGGAUGCUAUGCAAGCAAUGGUUGUCUCACCAGACUGGCCAACUGCUUUUCAUCUUCAAGCAGCUUCACUACUUAAGCUUGGAAUGGAAAAUGAUGCCCAACAAUCACUUAAAGAGGCUACAAAACUGGAAGGCAAAAGAAGCAAAAAAUAAGAAUGUGUAGAUAUGUGCUUUUUACUGGUGUUUAGCCUUUGAAUCCUUUUUUUUUCCCUACCCUCUCUUUAAAUUAGAGUAUUCAUUUGAAAUGGAUUGCUAAUUUUGUGAGCUUCAACUUCUGUUCUUAAGUUUUAUUCGAUGUUAA